GAGCGCAAGAGACGCGAUAACAUCAACGACAAAAUCCAGGAGCUCUUGAAGCUCAUUCCACACUCCUUCUUUACGGAUGAGCAGCCCAAGGCAACCGGCACUAAGGACGGCAAGCCGAAUAAAGGCCAAAUCCUCACCAAAGGUGUGGACUACAUCGUCUUUUUGCAGAACGCUAUCGACGAGAAUAACCGCAAAGAGGUUGAGUUGCAGAUGAAAAUCAAGGCGCUAGAGCAGCGGAAGUUGGGGCCGAACGACCAGCGCUCGGACUUCAGCCAUACCAUUGCCGAGAAGUGUUUAGCGGAAAUCGGGGUGGGGCCCCUUGCG